AUGCAUCACAAUAAUCUGUUCACGACAAUGCGAAGUUUGAAGCUAAUCGAAGGAUGUAAAGGCACGCAGGUGUACGCUCUGAAUUCCUCGGCUCCUCCUCCGCCACCGCCUCCUCCGUCUAGUGGCAGCGCCGGAGGAGUCGGCGAGAAGUUGCUACAGCAUCUCCAAGACCAUCUCCGCGUGAACUCAAUCCGAUCCAAAUCCAGCCGGACUUACCCACCUCCGAAUCAAACAAACGCCGUCGUCUCGCCGGAUUCUCUCCUCCCUUACGGACUCCCCGUCACGGAUCUCCUCGAGCCGCAGAUCGAUCCUUCCCUGAAAUUCGUCGAUUUGAUCGACAAGCUCGCCGAAGCCUACCGUCGAAUCGAAAACUGCCAGCAAUUCGAGAAAUCCGACGCUUAUUUAGAACAAUGCGCAAUCUUCAGAGGCUUACCCGAUCCGAAACUUUUCCGGCGGAGUCUCCGAUCGUCUAGGCAACACGCGGUUACCGUCCACACGAAAGUCGUCUUAGCUUCAUGGCUCCGAUACGAGAGGAGAGAAGACGAGCUAAUCGGAACCUCCUCCAUGGAUUGCUGCGGCAGAAACCUCGAAUGCCCGAAAGCGACUCUCGUCUCCGGGUACGACCCGGAAUCCGUUUACAACCCGUGUGUUUGUUCCUCCGCCGUAAGAUCAGAAAUCAACGAUGACGAAGAAUGUUCAACAUCUGAUGAAGAAGACUACGACAUGUCCUUUUGUAUCGGCGAUGAGGAAGUUCGUUGUUCGAGGUACAAGUUUGCGUCUUUAUCUAGACCCUUCAAGGCGAUGCUAUACGGCGGCUUUAGAGAGACGAAACGAAGCACGAUCAACUUCACGCACAACGGAAUCUCCGUGGUAGGGAUGAGAGCUGCAGAGAUUUUCACUAGGAUUCGAAAAGUUGACAUCUUUCCUCCUAACAUCGUCUUGGAGCUUCUCUCGUUAGCGAACCGUUUCUGCUGCGACGAGUUGAAAUCAGCCUGCGAUUCGCGUUUGGCGUUUCUUGUGAACAGUCUUGACGACGCGUUGUUGUUGAUCGAAUACGGUUUAGAGGAAUCUGCGUACCUUCUUGUGGCUGCUUGUCUUCAGGUUUUCCUCAGAGAACUGCCGAGCUCGAUGCAUAAUCCGAACGUUGUGAAGAUCUUCUGUAGUGGUGAAGGAAGGGAGAGACUUGCUUCGGUUGGUCACGCUUCGUUUACGUUGUAUCUGUUCUUGAGCCAGAUUGCUAUGGAAGAUGAUAUGGAGUCGAACACGACUGUGAUGGUGUUAGAAUGUUUGGUUGAAUGCGCGGUUGAGAGUUGGCAGAAGCAGCUUGCUUGUCACCAGUUAGGAGUUGUGAUGCUUGAGAGGAAAGAGUAUAAAGAUGCGCAGAGAUGGUUUGACUCUGCGGUUGAAGCAGGUCAUGUUUACUCUCUGGUCGGUGUAGCUAGGGCUAAGUUUAAGCGUGGCCAUCGUUACUCGGCUUAUAAGAUCAUGAACUCGAUGAUUUCGGAUUGCUCAGCUACUGGCUGGAUGCAUCAGGAGAGGUCAUUGUAUUGCAGUGGUAAAGAGAAGCUGCUUGAUAUGGACAUUGCCACUGAUUUGGAUCCUACUUUGACUUUCCCUUACAAGUUCCGAGCAGUGUCAUUGGUGGAGGAGAGUCAGUUUGGAGCUGCGGUCACGGAGCUGAACAGGGUUAUGGGAUUUAAGGUCUCUCCUGACUGCUUGGAGAUGAGAGCUUGGAUAUCUAUAGCUAUGGAGGACUAUGAAGGUGCUUUGAAAGAUAUUAGAGCGCUUUUGACAUUGGAGCCGAACUUCUUGAUGUUUAACAAGAAAAUCCAUGGAGAUCAUAUGGUGGAGCUUCUCCGGCCUCUAGUCCAGCAGUGGAACCAGGCUGAUUGCUGGAUGCAGCUCUAUGAUCGUUGGUCUUCUGUUGAUGAUAUUGGAUCUCUUGCUGUUGUUCAUCAUAUGUUGGCUAAUGAUCCAGGGAAGAGCCUCUUGCGUUUCAGACAGUCUCUUCUUCUCUUAAGGUUGAAUUGUCAAAAGGCAGCGAUGCGUAGCCUUAGGCUGGCUCGAAACCAUUCAAAGGCGGAGCAUGAGAGGCUUGUGUACGAAGGAUGGAUAUUGUAUGACACAGGACACCGUGAGGAAGCGUUGGCCAAGGCAGAGGAGUCAAUUUCCAAACAGAGAUCUUUCGAAGCGUAUUUCCUUAAAGCUUAUGCUCUUGCAGACUCAACGCUUGACCCUGAGUCGUCAAAGUAUGUCAUCCAGCUACUUGAAGAAGCACUUCGGUGUCCAUCAGAUGGACUCCGUAAGGGACAAGCUUUGAACAAUUUGGGAAGUGUGUAUGUUGACUGUGAUAGGCUUGAUCUUGCAGCAGAUUGCUACACGAACGCGCUAAACAUCAAGCACACACGAGCUCACCAAGGCCUAGCUCGUGUGUACCAUUUGAGAAACCAAAGGAAGUCUGCUUAUGAUGAGAUGACAAAGUUGAUAGAGAAAGCUCAGAACAAUGCAUCAGCCUUUGAGAAGCGCUCUGAGUAUUGUGACAGAGAGAUGGCACAGAACGAUCUAAGCAUGGCCACACAGCUAGAUCCUCUGAGAACUUACCCUUACCGUUACAGAGCCGCAGUUCUUAUGGACGACCAUAAAGAGAAAGAAGCCAUUGAGGAGCUGUCGAAAGCCUUAGCCUUUAAACCUGACCUCCAGCUGUUACAUCUACGAGCAGCAUUCUUUGAUUCGAUGCGUGAACCUGCAGAUGCUAUCAGAGACUGUGAAGCAGCUCUGAGUCUUGAUCCAAACCACUCAGAUACCAUCGAUCUAUAUCACAAAGCACGUGAGCCACAAUCAUAG